GAAAUAUUGGUAUUUUGAAUUGGUGCUUACAAGACAGACGAUUACUCUGAAGAAAGAAGUUAACUAUAGAAGUUAGAAUAAUAAGAAUAGAAAGAAUUAUAGGAGCGUUUGGAAAAUGAAAUUUUUAAAAGAGUUAGAUUCUACAUUAGUUAUAUUUUGUACAACAAUUUGUCUUGCACACUUUGUAAGAUGCAUGGAAUCAACAAAUGAUAUAGACAAUGAAAAGAUUGACAGAACUCGAAGAGAUAUUAGUGAUUUUGAAGACAUUAAAUCAAAUGAUGAUAAAAGACAAAGAGAGUUCAUAGGCAAGCGUUCAGCUGAUGAGGCUUUAGAUAUGGAUGAACUUGAUUCGGAUUCCGACGGUUACAUGUAUGAUAACAACGUUGACAAACGAUUAAGAGAAUUUAUUGGCAAACGUUCAUCACCUGAAUUUGAAACAGAAAAACGGAUGAGAGACUUUCUUGGAAAACGCGAUUUUGAUAUCGACGACAUGGAAAAACGUCAAAGGGAAUUCGUCGGGAAGCGUUCACAAUAUUACGAUAACGACGCCGAGGAUGACACAUUUGAAACUUACGACAAAAGAUUACGAGAAUUUAUUGGUAAAAGAGAUUAUAAUGACUACUCUUAUUUGGCUAAACGAUUACGGGAAUUCGUCGGUAAACGUUUAACUCCAGAAGGAUAUUAUAGAAGAUUACGUCAGCCAAGAUACCAAAGAGAAUUGAUAGGAAAACGAUCUUCACCCGCCCUUUAUGACAAUUUCAAUGAAGAUAAAAGGAUGCGAGAAUUUAUCGGCAAACGUUUAAGAGAAUUUGUAGGAAAGCGCAUGCGGGACUUUGUUGGGAAAUAAUCUAAAGAAUAUAAACUUUAGGAAAAUCACAAAUGGAUUGUUGUACUGAAGCAGCUAAGUUGUUUUCUAUGAUAAACGCUAAUAAAUAUGCCAUUUCUGAAAGUGUUAUUAUUUUGUUCUUCUGGUCUGCUGACAUUAUUGUUUUGUUAUAAUACAGUUUCUUUUUCAGUUUUUUCCGAUGAUUCUACUCAUUUCAAUUGUAUAUAAAUUUUCAUAUAUGUCAUAUCUAUGUAUUAUAAGUAUUAUAAAUAAUAACAGUAAAAUGCCGUCGCAUAAACAUUAUUUUAUUUUA